CGAUUUGCUGUCCAGGCGGUGUAACUAUAAGUCAUCUGGAUUACCGGAUGGCGGUAUCCUGUUGAAUCUCCCAGCGCUUCUUCGUCCCCAAUCUUUUGGCUUGAACUUAUUAAUAGCCGGUCUGCCCGGUGGUUUCCUAUCGGUGCAGCUCUAUUCAUCGUCUUGAACUUCUCUUCCCUUUUCAAGGAUAUACACACAUCUCAAUACAGGCAACGCAGUAUUUCUCAAAGAUAAUUGUCUCAAGCUCUCAUGUCAUUCGGAGACAGAGCGCAAGCAGCGAAGGAGGGUAUGGGGAUGGCUCUCAGAAGACUACCCCAGGUAGUCGGCCUGGCUUGUCCAGGGGUACACGUCGAGUCCUACCCCCCGGCACAAAGGCUACAGAGUCAUUCUGCGGACUGCUUAAACUCCUCGAGUUACCCCAGCCGAUAUUCGAGACAGCUCGCCAGGGCGCCGGCGCUCUAUUACGGCUGUCCGGCACCUCGGAACCAGGGGUCUACAGAACAAAGUCGCGUCAUGGUCCAACAUCCGACGGCUGUUCGAUAUGCUCAAACCACUACCAAUACACCCGCUUUGGUUGUGCCCCAGAGAUCACAUCGGAAGACUGUCUCCACCAUGGAUUCCACGAUCAUCCACCGGGGCCCAGUGGCGGCAGCAGCUUCCGAGUUCGAAAUUGCUCCGGCAGGAUCUGCCUCUGAGCAAGAUGAUAGAAAUAGCUCCCAUUCUCAGGACAUGAUUUAUGAGCGCCCAAAGAACCUUAGGAUCACCACGGAAUUCAGCCCUUCAAGUUCAGAGUUAUCUCAUGAGUGCCUGCCACAAGCAAUCAGGAUUCUAGUCACCAGAAAUUUCGAUGUCUGUUACUUCAUCAACUUACCCCGAGGCAUCUCUGCCCCGUCCAUAGUCAACAAGAUCUUUGCCAGGUAUGAUAUCCCCGAGCAAGAAAGAUCCGGCUGGAGCAUCUUUCGCACGAGAAAAUUUCAACCCGUGGGGCAUGCCCUCGAGCCAAUGCACAUCUUCGAAGAAUGCAAGCAGACAACAAGCGAUCUGUUGAUGUUCAUCAUCCUUCCCUCCAACCCAGAGCUUAUGUCGACUCACCUCGGAGGCUUGCUCAACUCGCCCGAAUGCCCGCCUGAGUACGAGGAGACCAUACCAUCAGCGUCUCAAGUGUUCAGUCCUGAAUACCCCCUCUCUGGGUUAUCAGCCGCUCCCGCCCCACCCGUGUUACCAGAAAUCGACGGUUUGGUCGCCGAAGAACCAGAUCCUCAUCCACUAGUACACCCCUUCGAUGAUGUAAUCCAAGCCCCAAAUGAUGCCCCUUCGCCAGGAAAUAUCGGCCGAAGGGUCAGCUUCAGGCUCCAUGAGGAUCCUACUUCCAUACGCAGGUAUCCCGUCACACCCCCGAUCAGAAUCUCUGAGCUCGAAUCUUCGCCUGGGGGCCAUUCUAGCCAUGGUGAUCAACGGGCCUCUUCUUCUCAACAAGGGCCACAGUGGCUCCAUCGGCACAGUCCCCUCUUCGGCUCGCUUCAUUAUGAAGGUUCUGCCCACGAGAGCACCACAGAGAGCCCAUUCCAGUACGGCGGCAGCCUAUCACCUGGUCAUUCUCAGCGGCCGGUUUCAUCGCUUCGUUCUGGAUCGUCUUCUGGUCGUGUUUCGCAACCAUUUUGCUCGAGAAGUUCUUCUUCUCAACGCGUUCUACAAACUCCUCAGAUCGAGUUAGCCCGCGAAAAUCAGAACCAAAGUUCGAGCGAGCUGGAAUGCCAAGAUCAGUGCAAACCAGACUUCGAGUCUGACAGAUCAGUCUCAGUAGAAAAUCACCAUUCGACUGGAGUUGACCAUUCAAUUCAUUCUUCUCCUGCUCCUCCUGAGUCGUCAAGUGAAAAAAUCACAACGGAUGAUCAAAAGCAUCUUGACGACCUUUCAUCCGAAGACGUCGAAGAAGAUGAAAGUGCCUUGAGCGACGGCAAGGAGUCGUUCUCAAGCUGCUCCUCGAGGUAUUUCCCGCAUCACCUGCCUGCAAGUGAUCAAGUAGAAGACUCAAACACUAGUCAAACUGACCAGUCCGAUCUUGCGGAGCCUAGUUUGAAGAAGGACCUCGGGUGGUUCGUUGACCUUAUCUCUCAGUCCUUCGAACCUCUCACGGAAGAUUGUGCCGAAAUUCCUUCGUCUUUGGCCAAGGUUGUCAUGACUUUCCCAGCUGGAGAACAGAAAGCUUCCGAUCCAAACUUAUCAUCCAAUUCGAACCACGAUCCUCUUCUUGGGAAUUCCAAUGGAAUCACUUCUCAGCCUUCAUCUUCCGCACAUAGUGAAUUGGAAUCUGAUCCCGGUUCCGAGGAGUUCUCUCCUCAUUAUCCUAUCAAUAUUGAAGGGAAUGAAAAGCAGGAUAGAAAUGGAUCAGUGAGGAAUCCUGUUCCGGAAGAUUUCGAAGCAGAAUCCGAGGAUGGCCCAGUUUCAGGCGACUUCCAGGUCCCAAUGGAAACGUAUCAAAAACCACGAACGGAUGACGGUAUGGAUGAUAACCGCCUCCCGUCGUACAAUAGGCUCAGCGUUGAAGAAUCGUCCAUGAAACUUCCUGAAAAUCAGGCGAAUAUUUCAAGCGGCUCUAAUCCACAGAGAUCGGAGGAAGGCGUGAGCAAGACCCGGUCCGAGGAGAAGCUUUUCCCUGAUCGAGGUUGGGCCACCCGGCCGGCGGUCGAGAAAGUGUGCGACAACUUGGAAAAGUCGUUUCCGAACCACAACAUCGACCAGCCGAUCGAGAUUCGGAUCUUGAAGCAUCCCGAGACCAGCCAUCAAUCUCAACAAGACUCUUCUUUUCAAGGGGUCAAAAGAGUUCUUUCGAUCAGAUCAUCUGUGAGCUCUCGAAGAAAGAAACGCCCGGACUCCACUCUUACUCUGCUCGACCCUCAUCCAGCAGAUCAUCAUCUACCGGAUUCCUCAGCGGAAUCCAAUCAAGACCAACUCUACUCGUCCCCCCAAAGCAGUAUCAAAUUGUGGGGGUUCAAGACAGAGGAAAUCUUGCCCGGAAGUCAGGCGGAUGUCGUUUUGGAUUCUUCCGAUCAAGAAGGUACCUCUACCUCUCUGAAAUGGGUCAAGGGGAAAAUGAUAGGAUGCGGGAGCUUUGGGAUGGUUUACUUAGCUCUCAAUCUAAGUAACCAGGCAAUGAUGGCUGUCAAGCAAGUCAAGGUGGGGGAACGGAGCUCGAACAAUAGACCGCUCGUCAAAUCAGCCUUAGAAGCAAUCAAACUAGAGAUUUGCUUCUUGAAGGACUUGGAACAUCCCAACAUCGUUCAAUAUCUAGGUUUCGAAGACACUCCAGAGCAUUGCAACAUCUUUCUCGAAUACGUAGAGGGAGGAUCGAUUGGAAGCUGUAUCCAUAACCACGGGAAAUUGGAAAGAGGGGUGGUCAAGUCGUUCACGAGGCAAAUUCUGGAAGGGCUUGAAUAUCUCCACAGCUGCAACAUUAUGCAUCGAGACCUCAAAGUGGAUAAUGUGUUGGUGGAUAUGAUGGGGCGAUGCAAGAUCUCGGACUUCGGGAUCUCGAAACGAUCCAACGAAGCCUAUCUGACCUCCCAGUAUACGCCCAUGCAAGGCACCGUAUUCUCGAUGGCCCCAGAGGUCUUCACUCAGCGGAUGGCCUGUCGUUAUAGUGCCAAGGCCGACAUCUGGUCCCUGGGCUGUCUCGUCUUGGAGAUGCUCUGUGGAUCAAGGGCGUGGACUGGCUUGACUUGCCUGCAAAUAAUCUACCAGGUCGGGAUUAAAAGACGCACACCUGAGAUUCCUCUAGAGCUUCAAACGGACAAAUUCCAAAAUCACUUCUUAAAGAAAUGCUUAGAACUUGAGCCCUGCUCGCGACCAACCGCUAGUAGACUCAUCGAUCAUCUUUUCCUCGAGCUUGACCCGGAUUGGACAUUUCAAAAAUCUGAACUGUUUAAAUUACUUUGAAGGUCUUCUUCAACAAAUUUGUUGUAUAACUAUUGACAUAGACGUUUUUUUUUUAACUUUUUUUAGUUAUCUAUGUAUUUUCCAAAGAUGCUGUUUAUGAUUUGUAAAACUGUAUGGACUAUCUCUAUGUGAGCGUCCCCCACCUUUUUUCGGGGGGGCCCCCC